CAUUAACACAAUGAAGUGUCUCGUCCUACUGUGGUUAUGUACUAUUCUGCCUGACAGAUCCAACACGGACAAAGUCCAUCCAACGAUUCACAAAAAGCUGCAAACCAUCUGAAGAACAUUUCCUGGUCCUGGAAAAUCAUGAAAUCCCACAUUGAAGAUGUCCAUCCAGUCUCCUUCAACGUCAAAGUUGUUUCCACUUAUAAAAUCAAUGGAAUGCUGAAUAAGAAACAGCCCAAGUACAGGGACUGUGCGAGCAUAUUGAAGAAGAUACCAAAUACAAGAAAGCAGGAUGGAGUGUAUGCGAUUUAUCCGGACCUUAAAACAAAGAAACUCGUGUACUGUGACAUGACAAGAGAAGGAGGCGGCUGGACGGUCAUCCAUAAAAGACUUCAUGGGUCGGCAAAUUUUUUCAGGGACUGGCAAACCUGCAAAAGUGGAUUUGGAGAUCCCAAGAUAGACUACUGGAUAGGAAACGACGUCCUACACUUGCUGACAAAAUCCGGCAACAAUGCCCUUCGUGUGGACCUUCAGAAAUUUAACGGCCACAAGGCGUACGCCAAAUAUUCCAAGAUUUCUGUGGGUGACGAAAGCAGCAAAUAUAAGCUAACUGUAUCAGGAUACCAGGGAAAUGCAGGAGACAGUCUUCGCUACCAUAACGGAAUGAAAUUUUCAACAAAAGAUCAGGACAACGACACGAGUAAAGAACACUGUGCCACAGAUUAUAAAGGAGCGUGGUGGUAUGAACGUUGUUAUGGUGCCAACCUGAAUGGGUGGUAUGUUAACUCCGCCGUGGUUAGUUCCAAAUACCUCAACUGGUAUAAGUGGGGCAAGAGGUACGAAGCAUUGAAAACACCAUCUAUGAUGAUCCGACCAUCUUUAAGUUAGUAAAUACAUUUUCUCAGUAAGCUUAAUAAAGCAUGUUAGUAGAG